AUGACAAGUUUUGGAAUUCUGCUGCGUUUCUUUCCAGAGGAAAACAGCGACAACUCUGUUCCUAUGGAAGGUGGACCCGGACCGGUUAUACUACCAGGAGAAGGGACGAGCAGUAAUAACCCUGUGCCCGUUGUAGGUGGACCCGGACCAGUAAUACUUCCAGGAGAAGGGACGAGCAGUAGCAACCCUGUGCCCGUUGUAGAUGGACCCGGACCAGUCAUAGUCCCAGGAGAAGAAACUACUAACGACAACUCUAUUCCUAUAGAAGGUGGACCCGGACCAGUCAUACUUCCGGGAGAAGAGAUGGGAAGGCGAUUAUGCAGCUACUGGAAGGAUGGAUCUGGAAACAGCAUACUGUCAGUGGUCAAGGCGUGA